AUGGCAACAGGUGCACACGCUGCCAGUAGAGCCCGACAUGCACUCCUACCUAUGCCUCAGUUGCAGCUUACUGUCACCAAUUCCACCACAAUACUGGUAAGUGGUGAAAUGGAGUUUGGAGCCUGUACAGCAGAAGUCGAUGGAUUCCAUUUGUCCUAUCGCAAGCAGAAUGGAGAACUGUUGGGACCUGAACUGAUAGAUGCCAGGAAAACUGAACAUGUGUUAGCAGAUCUUGAACCGGAAACAUGGUACGAAGUGGUGAUGAGUGGCAUAUCACAGGGAGUCGAAGGCGAGUCAGCCGUUCGCUCCAUUCAGACCUGGGCCUGGCAGGCGGGCGAAGCGGUGCUGAUGCCACUUCCGGCCCCCACCCACCUGUUUGCCGAGCCCGUGUCACCCACCGCCAUCAACCUGACGUGGGUGGGGUCAGUCCCACCCGCCAACGUGUCCCACUACACAAUCAGCUACCACCUGGUGCAGACCGCUCUACCUCUUCACAACUCUUCUAUCUAUUUUUUAAACAGUACAAGCACCGGAGUUCAAAUAACUGGUCUAAAGGCGUACACUCUGUACGAGUUGAAAGUGAGGACGCACGACGAGAAUAACAGGCACAGCGAGUACAGUCAGAAGCUCGAGUGUCGAACACUCGAAGACCUGCCGGGUCCCGUUCAUGACGUGCAGUGGAAGCUGAUGAACUCGAGUACAGUGCGCAUCUCGUGGAAAGAGCCUUUGAAAGUGAAUGGAGUCAUUGUCAACUACACCCUCGCCUACUCGCAACACCCCGCCCAACCUAUCGCCGACUGGACUAAAACUAUUGUACCUGCAUCUAAGCUAAGCACAAACUUGACAUCAUUGAAGAAUAACCGUUACACUUUAAAAUAUGGGCGAGUAGUGGGGCAGGACCGGGGCCUCCUUCUCCAAAUUUGGAAAUUACAAUUCCCUCGAAAAUCGGCCGCAAACUGCCUCCUAUUUCCGACCAAUCAACUGAGACUACACCUGAUCGAAAACCUGAUCAAAUUCUUGGCAUUGUGAUCGGCUGUGUGAUUGGCGCCAUCU